GACUUGUACACAUUUGUUUAUCAUGUGUAGGACAUCAGGGCCCUCAGGGAAACACAUCCCACAAGUAUUUGGUUGUAGGGAAGGUUUUGGGAGAGGAGGGGGUCAGGUUUCAGCCAUCCCCUCUCCUAUUUCUCAUUUGUAACGGGGGUGCGCAGCCCCACACUCUCACUGAGGCUCGCAGGCAGGAGCUGCACAUUUGGAGGCUUUGAAGCUGAGAAAAAUUCCAGGAGUUUCCUGUAACAAAGAGAGGGUCUAAUGUGAACCAGAGGGUGCGAGUGUUCGAUCCUCCUGCCUGCUCUCAAUAUCCUGAUGAGUCCUUAGCCACGGCACAGCCUCAGCCUCUCAGCGGACUCAUAUAGUUUGAUUGACAGCGUGAUUACACCUGCGAGGAUGCCUGGGGUGUAUCUCCUCCUGGCUUUGAUUGCAUUCUGGAUACACAGCACAGUGCUGGCUGACUCUGAAGCAUUAAAGGGCAGGAGGUCCAACUCGAGGGAUGGCUCUUCUGGAUCUUCCGGAUCUUUCCACCAGGGGAACCCCAGGGCGGACCGAUCUGAAGAAAGGAACGGUGGAUUGGCCCCGGAGCUGGACUUCGUGGCCGAGUUUGCCGGAAAGCACCGCCUGUGGGUGAUCACAGCCCCCUCCCACACGGACAACUACCUUCUCAUGAUGGAGAAGCAGAUCCAGGACAUGGAGCCAGAGGGGCUCAACUGCCGCCUGGCCGAGAGGGACACCCUCGUCGUCACCAUCAUCCAGAACGCCAUGAUGGAAGGCAAACUACGGCGAAUCAGCACACAGGGGGACGUCACGGAGGAGAGCCUAGACUCGGACAUGGUGACCAAACUGCUCCACUACCUGCAGAUCGAGGACCAGACCUUCACCAUGCUCAUCCUCAAGAAGAAUCUCAAGGUGGGCGAGCGUUUCCCCUAUCCCGUCCGAGUUGCGGCCAUCCUAGAGGUGAUCGACCAGCUGCCGGCGCGGAAGCUGGAGAAGGUGGCUCGGAAGGCCUCAACUGAGAAGUGCAAGAUCAUCAAGAAGAGGCUGGUGGCGAAGAAGCCGACCGCUGUGAGAAGGAGAGUCUUCAGUCCCCAGAGGCAAGGUAAUGUCGCGACGGUCAACGCCAACCAACGCAAGCCCGUCGACAAGAAGGUGGCUCUGCGGAGUAAAAUCCAGGACAUACUCAAUGGGCACUCCAGGUAUGUCAUCCGCAAAGCACCAGCCGUGCCAAAAGGAGCCGAUUCCCCGCUGCCAUACACCAGUGAUGCCAAAGACAACCAGAGAGGAACUGGGAGCAGGAGCGGGAAGCGGAGAGGGAGCGAGCAUGAAGCCGCCACAGACGUGGAGGAAGCCAGAGAUGGGGAUCAAACCAGUGACCAAACAGCACGGGAUCAGAAGAACGAGGAGUCCAAAUCCAAAAAGAAAGGGAAAGGAAAGAAGGACAGAAAAAAGAAGGGGAAGAGAGGGGGGAAGACAUCAGAAAAAGAUGCACAUCAGACAGAGGGAGGAAUCCUCAAAGACUUCCUACAGAAAUUCCAGGGGAAAAGGAGGUUAAUGAUCAUCUCAGCCCCCAGUAAUGUGGAGGCCCCUUAUGAAAAACAGAAGGAGCUAAACGAGCAGCAUCAGUGUGCCCUGGCUAUGAGGAAGGUCUCCAUGCUCUCCAUACUGGGAUCCGAGUCAAACGCCAUACUCAACCUCCAACACUAUCAGUUGGAUUCUGAAACCCCUUUAGAGGCUCAACCUGAUAGGAUGGCAGAUCCUGAUUUGAUUGCUCAGAUGUUGAAAGAGUAUGGAGUAACUACAAAAGAAUUCUCGAUGGUGGUCACAGACUAUGAUUUAAAACCUAAGAGGUCUUUUAAGAAACCAGCAGCUGCAGCGGACCUCAGCCAGCUCAUAGACACCUUCCCCUCCAGACAGCCUGAGAAGGAGCAGGAGAGAGGGGCCCCAUCCACCUGCUCUGGCUCCAGUGCAGCCCAGAGCUCCCUACUCAGGUUCAUGUCUAAGCGAAGGCUCCUGAUCAUCUCUGCUCCAUCUGAGGAUGACUACUCAUAUCAGCAGCAGCUGCUGGCCAUGAGGGGACAGGAGUGUCCCAUGGGUAUCCGCCAUUUUGCCAUGCUGAAAUUAAUUGGGUCAGGACAAACCGCUUCUGGAACAGUGGAGUUGUUUCCACUCAAUGGAAAAAGCCAGACUGAGAAAGAGCCUCUGUCUCAAGACGUGGUGAACGGCCUCCGGGACCAGCUGAAGAUCAACAAGGACUACUUCAGCAUGGUGGUGGUGGGCAAGGACAGCGAUGUGAAGGCCUGGUUCCCCUCUCCCAUGUGGUCGCUGGCUAACAUCCAUGACCUGGUGGACUCCAUGGAGCUACGGCAGCAGGAGGAGAAGCUCCAGAGGACCCUGGGAAUCCACUGCCCGGAGGACGGCGGGGCCACCGACCACGGCUACGACACGGGGGGCGCCGACAGCUACCUCUACCACCGGCCGGAGGAGUAGAGGGCGGAGGACUAGAUAGACAAAGCUGGAGAGACAUCCAGGCUGAAGAGCAGCUGUAGAAUUCCACAGGACUCCCAGGUAGCAGCUGACUUCAGAACAGAUCUGGGGUUUGGCCCUGAACUGGACCAUGAGGAGACUCUGGAGGACCAGAUCUGAUCUGCAGUCAGCUGCCAACUGCUUCCUGGGGAGGACAUUAGACAAGGACGGAUGGAAUACAAUAGUACAAGCUAAAUAAAAUGAAAUUACCAGUUGUUAUCAGCUUCUCUAUUAAAGUU